AUGACAAUUAAGCUAGUCAUUGGUGGGGUGAAUGUGAAUAUUAUUAGUGCUUAUACCCUCCAUGUGGGCCUGAACAAUGAGGUCAAAAAACUCUUUUGGGAGGAGUUGGACGAGGUAGUGAGAGGUAUACCGAACUCCGAGAAGAUUUUUAUUGGUGGAGAUUUUAAUGGCCAUAUCGGGGCAACUUCAAGUGGAUUUGAUGAUGAACAUGGAGGCUUUGGUCUUGGGGAGAGAAAUGAAGGCGGAGCUUCGCUUUUGGAUUUUGCUAGAGCUUUUGAGUUGGUGGUUGCUAACUCGUGCUUUCUGAAAAGGGAGAACCACUUGAUUACCUUUCGUAGCACGGUAGCCAAGACUCAAAUAGAUUACUUACUCUCAGGAAGGGUGAUAGAGGCCUUUGUAGAGAUUGCAAGGUCAUUCCGAGUGAGAAUCUUACUACCCAACACAAGUUUUUGGUUGUGGACUUAG